CUAGUGCUGAAAAUUUCAUAAAAAGACUUGUUCGGAGAUUUGUGCCAAGAUUUUUUUCAAAAUUCGAAUCACGAUCUCCUCAACGACAACAACCUACUGUUAGGUCCACUCAAUCAGGAAGUACCGUCAUUGCAACUCGACCUCAAAUUCCUAAUCAACGUCCUAGACCAACUUCAAUAAAUUCUAGUCCUUCGAUCAUCACAAGUCAAAGUCCUUAUCCUACUAGUACAGUUUCACCCGUUGCAUCUAUCCCUGAUAACUCUAAUAAUAGUUUACAAACUAGAAAUAUAAUAAUUGGUAUUUCAACUUUAACUGGAAUUGUUAUAGUUAUUUCAUUAUUAUUUUGCAUUUUUAAAAAAUUACGUAAAAAUCAACGUGAUAAUAAAAAAGAUGAAGUUCUCAACGGACUUUCAAGAAAUUUUAAUUCAGGUCCUGGAGAUGGAAAUUCUGAUGGAAUGAGAAGUAUAAGUCAAUCAAUUAACUCAUCACAACAAGGGGCGAAUUAUACUAAUAGUUCUGCUCAAAGUAAUAAUGCUUCAUAUGGAAGUGGUGGUGUUAAUUCAUUAUAUCAAGCUCCAUAUCCAUCAAGAGGUCAUUACACAAGUUAUACAGGUCCUUAUACUAGAAGUGAUUACUCGGAUCAUUCAAGUGGUUCCUACCCUAUAGAUAAUAAUUAUUACGGUUAUGCUGGAGGUACUGUUCAAGGUUACCCUUCCCAAAAUUAUAAUACACAAAUACAACCACCACAACCAUACUAUAAUCCAAAUUCGAAUUUAGUUACUUCAAACUUUUUACCAUCUAGCAAUAUGGAUCGUAGGAUAAUUAGAGAUGAUUUAUUGGAAAUUGAGAAUGAAGUAGAUGAAAGACAUGGAUCUUUAAGAAAUUCUAAUCAGGUCGAAAAUAAUGAUUUAAUAGUGCCUAAUGAAGAUGAUGGUGUACAAGAAUCAUUACGAUUAUCUUCUAGAAUGUCAAAUCAGAGUGAUAAAAGAAGUCAAACGUAUAGAAAUGUUACAUAUUCAAAUCCGAGUGUUAACAGAAAUCAAUCGUACCGAGGUGUUACAUAUCCGAUUCCGAGUGAUAAUAGAAGUCAAACGUACCGAAAUAUUUCAAAUUCAAGUGCAAGUGAUGACGGAAGUCAAACGUACCGAAAUGUUACAUAUUUCUAG